CGCCACUACAACGUGAUCUCAGAGUUCAGCUGUAAUUUUUGUCGCGGACACCGACUUCUGUGCAUUCACCAGGAGAGGAGUUGGUCGAGAGAGUGACAGAAUGCGCAGGGGAGUGCUUAGCUUCCUGCUCCUUUGGGUCGUCGUGGAGUCAGUUUGGUCCAGAGGCUGCUCUUCCUUCUUUUGUAGGAAGUCUAACCGUGUGAGCGGCUCGUAUGGAGCGGAUCCAGGGAAACCACUAUUCCUAACCCCGUACCUUGAGGUUGGAAGGAUAGAGGAAGCGAAGAAGUUGAGUUUGGUGGGCCCACUGCCUGGGGCUAACGUGAAGAGUUACUCAGGCUACCUCACCGUGAAUAAAACCUACAACAGCAACCUUUUCUUCUGGUUCUUUCCUGCACAGGUGAGGCCUGAGACGGCUCCAGUGUUGCUAUGGCUGCAGGGGGGACCUGGCGGAACCUCCAUGUUUGGGCUGUUUGUGGAACAUGGGCCAUAUUUGGUACAUAAGAACCUCACACUGGGCUAUCGGGAUUUCCCCUGGACGUCUAGAUACUCCGUGCUGUACAUCGACAACCCGGUGGGUACUGGCUUUAGUUUCACUGAGGAUGACCGGGGUUUUGCUCAGAACCAGGACGACGUGGGCCGGGACCUGUACAGUGCCCUCACACAGUUUCUCCAAAUCUUCACUGAGUUUCAGUCCAAUGAGUUCUAUGCCACUGGAGAGUCUUACGCAGGGAAGUAUGUUCCUGCUAUUGGCUACUACAUUCAUAAAAAUAAUCCCACAGCCAAGGUCAAGAUUAAUUUUAGGGGCGUUGCCAUUGGAGACGGACUGUGUGACCCAGAGAAGAUGCUUGGAGGUUAUGCUGAUUUCCUGUACCAGACUGGGCUGGUAGACGAGUUACAGAGACAAUACGUGGAGCAGCAGACAGAUGCUGGAGUCAAACUCAUUCAGGAGGAGAGAUGGCUGGAGGCAUUUGAGCUGUUUGACAGUCUGUUGAACGGUGAUAUUCUUCCAUAUCCUUCAUUCUAUCAGAAUGCCACAGGCUGCACCAAUUACUUCAACUAUCUCCAGUGUCAGGAGCCUCCGGAUCAGGAAUACUUCUCCCAGUUUGUGACUUUACCUGCCGUGCGGCACUCCAUUCACGUGGGGAAUCUGACAUUCCAUGAUGGGGUUGAGGUGGAAAAACAUCUUCUACAGGAUGUUAUGAAAUCAAUCAAACCUUGGCUGGGUAUUCUUAUGGACAAUUACAGAGUGCUGAUUUACAGUGGUCAGCUGGACGUGAUUGUGGCGGCUACACUGACGGAGCGUUUCCUCCCCACGGUCAACUGGUCCAGAGCUGAUGAAUACAAAUCCGCCCCACGUUUCCCCUGGAGGAUCCAGCCCAGCGACACAGAGGUGGCAGGCUAUGUCCGCCAAGUGGGAGAAUUCUUCCAGGUGAUUGUUAGAGGUGGGGGCCACAUUCUGCCAUAUGACCAACCAGAAAGAUCCUUCGACAUGAUUGACAGAUUCCUCUCCACAAGGGGCUGGUCUUCCACUUGAUGUGGUGAUGCGUCAGUGCUGAGUGAAAUGUGUGUGGAAUGUGUGUUAAUGAAGUGAGUGGUGCUCAGGGAAAAUGGAGUGUGGUGGGGGUUGGGGGGGGGCGUUUUAAUGUGUGUACUGCACAGUAUUUGUUUGAUAGCAAAUACUUUCCAGGAUGAUUUCAAAUAAAAUGUCCAACAGUU